ACAGUGGUUUUGGACUUUGAGAAAUGGUUAACUCCACCGAUUCCAACAGCAACAUUACUGCACGCAUCAAUACGUCUACACAUCUUAUAAAAAUAAGUUGCUUUGCAGUGAUGCUCACCUUGUUCUGCAUCUUCUUGUACUUCAUGGCCAUUAUACUGAAUGCCUUCUUUACCGUUCCUCAUGUCCGGGAGAACCCUCGCUAUAUGCUGUUUAUCCACAUGCUUGUCAAUGAUCUGGCAUAUCUAGCUGUUUCAUUUUUUCUCUCUAUGUCUGUUAUGUACAUGGUAUACAUGCCUGUGCCGAUAUGCUACACAGUUGUCACCUUCUCCACAUGUGCAUUUAGGAUUACUCCAUACAAUUUGGCGGCCAUGUCAUUGGAACGCUACGCAGCCAUUUGCCAUCCAUUAAGACAUGCAGAAUUGUGCACUGCGCAGAGAUCUAGUAUUGCUAUCGCUAUCAUGUGGACAGUGGGGUUUAUUCCACAACUCGCCGAUCUUAUUGCAUUUUGUUUUACUGUGGAGAAACGCGUCUUCUCACUCAGUAUCAUCUGCAACUGGCCACUAUUAAUAGUGAAUGAGGUACAGGUGGUCUUAAGAACAGUAACCAUAGUAAUUAGCUAUAUCAUGGUUGGAUUGAUAAUCAGCUACACGUACAUCAAAGUUAUACUGGUGGCUCGGAGGAUUGCUUCUGGGAAAUCUGCGUCUAAGGCUGGAAAAACUGUCCUUCUCCACGCGUUUCAGCUCAUGUUAUGCAUUCUGUCUUUAUCUUCUACAUAUACGGACAAAUAUUUGUCACCAUAUUUUUACUACACGCCAUUAGUCAACUUCUUCCUGCUUAUGUGUAUUCCCAGAUUUAUAAGUCCACUGAUUUAUGGAAUUAGGGAUGAAGUGCUUGGUAAACAUAUGAGACAUGCAUGCUCAUAAUAAAGGUCCUUAUCUUGUAAAUCCCAAAUUGCUUUCUAACAAAUAUUUAAAAUGCCCGCUCUAAUUUAUACUGCGGACACGAGGCGCAUCUUAGUACCAUAUAUGAUAAAAGUGCACUGUAUGUCGCAAAACACUACAUCCCUUAAGAGAAAACAAUACACCCACACAUUAUCUGCGUUCCAAAGCUCAUUGAUGCAUAUAUUUGUUAUUAAAAGGAUAUGUAUUCAAUAUAUCACAAUGUACAGUAUACAUAUAGUUACAUGGUUACAAUUUAUACAGUAAGCAGUUAAUACAAACUAAAUCACAUACAGUUACAGGCCAGCAUACAAUACCAUCUCUUUCUCAUAUAAAGUCUUCCCUCCAUAUCACUCUUUCUCUCUCUGUAAAAUCAUGCAGGCACUGGUCUGGCAGCACCUCCAUCAUCAUCAUCUGGGACAAAACAGCAACUCACUCUCUAAGUCCUAGAAACUGCCUAUAUCACUCAGUGGGAGUUUUCAGUCUGUUGGUUUCGAUCUCCUUCUAUUGGUCCAGAGGCCAGACAUCUCAAGAACUCAACGGCUCAUUGGUGAGAGUGAGUGCUUUUGUCCUGUGUUGCUGGCACAUGUGUCUGCCCCCAGGGCCAUGUUGUGGAACUAUUUUCAAGUCUUCAAAAGAUCUUUUGUCCACUUUAGAAUUUUGGCUCAUAUUCCUUCAUAUAAUCAUAUCUACUUGUUGCAAUGAGCUACAACGUAAUAACAGGCAUCAGAUUGAUAUACACAUUAAUCUGGUUGCUUUAAUACCAAAUACGACAUGUCCAUCUUGCUUCGUUCCAAUAAUACACAUACAUGACGUUAUUCCAUUAUAUAAUUUUAAAUCAUUAUGAUGUCUGGCACUUGAUAUGUUAUAAUUAUGUACUGUAUGAAAUAUGUGUUGAAUCUA